CUCACUUCCCUUGAAGAAAGUACUUUGAUUCAGAGCAUCUAAAAUAAACGUAAUUGAAUGUUCAUAAACAUGUCCUCCAUUGGGACAAUGGUUUUGUAUGUGUAUUGUUAAGCCCAGCUAAAUAAGGACAACAUGUCAGUACUCCACCAUGAGUAAUUUGUGCUACUGUUCAGAAACAAGGUUCCAGAAUGUUAUUGAAUUUCAGCGAAACAAAAAGCAAAGAAAUUUAAUCAGGCCUCACAGCUGCUGAAAGCUCCCAGCUUUUGAUUCCCUUGUGCUGGCCUUGGGUCUAUUUAAAUAUUUAAUUAGAAUGGGACUAAUUACUUAUUUAACCGAGAAGCUUGGUGGACAGUGAUGGUUACGCUCAGAAGAGCACGCAGACGUAGGAUCUACCAGGUGUAGGAUCACAACAUCCGCGGACAGAGUUGCACACUUUUCUCUGGACAAAAGGAACUUCUAUUUGCCAGACACCCCAAAAAAAAAAGAAUUUCACACUCAGACCUCAUAAUUAUUGUGUAUGAGAUGUGAAGUUUUCUCCCAUGAUUUAUGUUUAUGUCAGUGUAAGUUUCAAAUGUAUGAUACAAAGCUGGGAGUUCCUGUGUGGAUGAACGAUUUUGGUUUCAGUUGCUGAAACGAGAACAGCCAAACUCACAAGCUGUAAAUGCAGUGUUCAAGUACAAUAUUGUUUGAACAAGGUUGCAACAGUGCCCUUGAUUGAGUCUUAAACUCGUAUCCAUCUGACCCUUAUCUCUUAUUGAUACACAAGCGUGUGUCGAUUAACUUUCCGCUCAAUUGUAUUAUCAGUUCAAACAGAAAACAAAAAAGGCAGUGUUGGGUUUUUAAUGUAAGCCAAAAUUACAGCAGUGUAGAUCCGUGUAUGGAUCGGGUAGAGAAACUGGAGCCAAAUAUAAGAAUUGUUAAGCAGCUUUGUGCCUGUGUGGUUAGCCAAGAAUGACUUUCAAGGAAAGAAAUUAUAGGGGUUCCACGUCAGGAUUUUCCCUUUAAAAUUGCCUUCGGAGCUACUAAUAAGCACGGGCCACUGCUAUUAUGAGUAAGGGAAGGCGUCAGAUCAACCACCGAGAAUGUGGGCGUGGUCAAAUGUUCCCGUGAGUUUGACUUUUUCCUCCGCUCCUGCCGAGAAACAUGUCGCCCCUUUUAAUAAAGAGACUAUUUAGCAAGGUUUUAAUUCCCCGUAGGCUACUCUCCGUACUUCGUCAAAUUUGACUAAAUGCUGAAACGAGACCUGUUUCAACAGCCUUCAUACCCAAUGGUCUGGCCAAACAAACAAAUAAAUACAUAAAUAAACAAAUAAAGGUAUGAUCAGUAUAAUCUAAAUAAAUAAAUGUUUCGCUAUUUCUCUUGUCAUAUAGUGAAAAGGCACGUCAGAAAAAAAGCACGUCAGACAUAUCUAGACGUAGCCAAUGUCAUCCAUGAAAUAAUUCCUAGGCGAUUUUAAUUAAUCAUGGGGGGAAACAGAUAUCAGGUAGACAACCUAAGGUAUCACUGGUUCUAAUCAGCUCAGAUUGAUUGCUUCGUUUACCUGUGUUCUUUCCUGCUUACGAACCAGUUUAGGGCGUUGCCAUUUUAAAUCUUUCUUGGGAUCUCCCAGACUCAAUUACGGCAGUGCGUGUGGGAAUCGAGCGAGGACUAUGUUGUGCUGCGUUUCACUCUCCACAACUAUUGGUAGAAAGCGAUACGACCUGCGAGAGUGCUACAGCGUGCUAGCGAGCAAAAAAGUGUUUAGUUUAUUAGGGUAAAAGCACUGCAAACGAACAGUAAUGUUAAAUUGCACUAGUCUGUGGGCAACCGGAGUUCGGGAUAAGCGUGGUGCAAUCGUAAAUGCAGAAUGAUUUCUGUCUCCAUACGUAUUUAUUAUAACAGAUGAACUAUUUACGGAAAGGUAUUACCCAAGAGGGAAAACCCGGCGCAAACUCGGCGGAGGCUGAAUGUUGAAGAAGAUGAGGACUUUCUUUUUUCCCUUCAAAAAAUUAAGGCGAAAUGUCAAGUAUCUUCUUUUUGUCGCCGUGUUAAUGACUGGAGUUUUGGCUGCCUAUCUAGAAUUUGUUGCAACAACAAAUACCUGGAACGACAACAUCCAGUUCAGUCCUUGGAACGAGGUGAACCCGUACAAGCACGAAGGAGAGAGAGAGUCUGGGCGAGCGCGGGGGAAGGGCAGGCCGUGGGAGUCCAGCUUCGUGCCGCAGCCCUGGAGGCCCGAGUAUAAAGGCCAAGCGAAUAUGCACAUUUUUGAGGACUGGUGUGGUGGCUCUGUCGCUCAGCUCCGGAAGAACCUUCACUACCCUCUCUAUCCCCACUCGCGGACGACCGUGAAGAAGCUCGCCGUGACUCCCCGCUGGACCAACUACGGCCUGCGGAUCUUCGGCUACCUGCACCCCCACACGGACGGCAAGUACCUGUUCGCCGUGGCUUCGGAUGACAACUCUGAAUUCUGGCUGAGCUCGGACGAAAGCCCCUUGAACGUCCGUCUGCUGGCGCUGGUGGGAAAGACGGGCACGGAAUGGACAGCUCCGGGGGAGUUUGGGAAGUACGCCAGUCAGACGUCGCACCCGGUCGAGCUGAAGUCGUCGGAGCGCUAUUACUUUGAAAUCAUCCACAAGCAGAACGAGCAGGGCACGGACCACGUGGAAGUAGCAUGGCAAACGUACCCGGACGGCCUGCGUUUUGACCUCAUCGGCUCCCAGCACAUUUCCCUGUACACAAACGAGUCGGGCCUGCUGAUGACCGAGGUGGCGCACGUCCCGCAGUCGGCGGCCAGCCGCGCGCGGACGGCGGGGGAGGGGGCGGGGGAGAGCGCGGGGGCUUCCGGCCACGGCGCGGACAUGCUGAGGGAGGACCGCCGCGACAGCCUGCACCAGCUUCCGCUCAUCGACGAGGCGUACCUGGACAAGCUCCUGCCGGACUGCAUCUACAGGCCCAGCUACAUCAUUAAGGGCUUCCCCCUGCUGAGGUACCAGGGCCUGCAGUUCGUCUACAUGUCCUACAUCUAUCCCAAUGACUACACGAGGCUGACUCACAUGGAGACCGAAAACAAGUGCUUCUACCAUUCCAAUCCUCAGUACAUAAAGAGGAAUGGGUUUUAUAGAUACAUGAAAUUGGAUGUCCCUGAAGGGUUCGAAGAUGGACGUGUUCCGUGGGACAAUCGAGCUUUCGACGAGUUGGAGGACAGCAUCCGCUACGAGGACGUCCCGAAGGAGGACUCUGAAGGGGAGGGCGUUGAGGACGGGGCCGAGGAGAAGUCCAACGACCUGCCCGACUACGGCGACGACUACGACGACUACACCUUCAAGCGGAGAAGGAAGCUGUUCUCUGCGCUGCCGGCCGACGGGCCCGAGCUGGCGAAGAAGAGGAAGAGGCGGGACAAAGCCAGCGUCCAGGAGGAAGUGCCGGCCCAGCUGCCGGAGGCGGAUCAAAGGGAAGACCCGGAGGUCAAAGUUCAGAGGAGGAAAAAAUCCAGAAGGAAAAGUGAAAUUGAUCCAAAUGAGGUGCCGGUCCCUAUACCGCACGGCCUCCUGCCUGUGGGAAAUAAUGCAUCGCAGCUUGAACGGGCCAGACAGGGUAAGAGUGCCGUCGCAGUCCCAGCACGUGGAAUGAAUGCUGCUCAGGUUGAGCACCACCUAGUGGCUGGAGGACCGAAUGACAACAUUGGACAGGCUUUGGAAAAACCGCGCAGCGGUAAAAACCGGACCCUCCACCGCGACCCGGAACGAAGGGCCCCGGUACCCGCUGCGCGGCUACCGGUGCCCUCCCAAGCGCCCCAGGUCCCGCCCGAGAACCACCCCAGGCCGCGAGCGAGGGCGUUCGGGGCCGUGCCGCAGAGCGAGAUCCGGGACGGCGCCGUCGGGAGGGACAGGAUGCCUGUAGGCCGGUGGGGGGAAGUCAGAGGCAAGGAGGCGGAGCAGAGGGCGGAGCCAGAGCAGGAGAACGCCAUCCUUCACGUUCUGGAACCGCCCCUUCCCAAGCGAGCUCGCGGGGACAGGAGGGAGCCCGGAGCCUCGGACCUGCGCGAGGACGCGGGCGGACUCUGGAAGCUGGAGGAGGACGCGGAGGAGUACGACGAGGACGGGCGGAAGUACGAGGCGACCGAGCCGGCGGUGGCCUUCGACCCGGAGGUGAACUGGGGGCAGACGUUCGAGGUGAACCCGCUGGACUUCCACUCGCUGCGCUCGGACUGGAUCGACCUGAGCUGCAACGUGUCCGGCAACCUGCUGCUGAAGCCCGAGGACGCGCUGGACCUGGCGCAGCGCUUCAUGAGCAAGCUGGAGCAGAGACAUCCGGGGCGCUUCUCCCUCCUGCAGGUGGUGAACGUGGAGAAGCGGGUGGACCCGUCCUACGGCGGCCGCUACCUGCUGGAGCUGGAGCUGCAGGAGCAGGGCGGGGGCCGCGUGCGCCUGUCCCGCUACGUCUACCUGCUCCAGCGCCGCGGCAGGCCCCGGGCCCUGGGCCACGGGCGGGCCCCCCCGGAGCUGGUGCUCUGCAGCCCCCGCGGCUUCACCUGGAACCCCUCCGCCACCGUGCACUUCAUCGUCCCAGUGAAGAACCAGGCCCGGUGGGUCCGGCAGUUCAUCCUGGACAUGGAGCAGCUCUACAGGGACACCGGGGACGGGAACUUCAACAUCAUCAUCACGGACUACAGCAGCACGGACAUGGACGUGGAGCAGGAGCUCAAGAGCUCAUCUUUGCCCAGGUACCAGUAUGUGAAACUGAGCGGGAACUUCGAGAGGUCAGCUGGUCUUCAGGCCGGAAUUGACCUCAUUACCGACGACCACAGCAUCGUGUUCCUGUGCGACCUGCACAUCCACUUCCCCCAGUUCAUCGUGGACAGCAUCCGCAAGCACUGCGUGGAGGGCAGGAUGGCCUACGCCCCCAUCGUGCUGCGGCUGGACUGCGGGGCCACGCCCCUGGAGCCCAACGGAUUUUGGGAGGUCAACGGCUUUGGGCUGCUGGGGAUCUACAAGUCGGACCUGGACGCUGCCGGGGGGAUGAACACCAAAGAGUUCCGGGACCGCUGGGGAGGGGAGGACUGGGAGCUGCUGGACAGGAUCCUCCAGGCCGGGCUGGAAGUGGAGCGAAUCUACCUCAGAAACUUCAUGCACCACUACCACUCCAAGAGGGGCAUGUGGAACCGUCAGCCCCGCAAGGGCGCGUAACCACGGAAACGGGCGGAGCUGCGCCGCAGCGUUUGUUUCCGAGGUGCCUCUGUGGGCCACGCCCCCCCCCCCCCCGGCGCCGUUCAACCAAUCACUGCCUGCGUUGCUGGGGGAAGGGUCAGUGGAAGGGGCGGGGCAGAGGGGGCUUGUGGACUCUGAAGAGAGUGAGGUUCCCUGUCACUCAAGCCCUCCAGAGGCUGCGAUCUUGGGUAGGAACGGUUUCUCCCACAGCCGUGUGCUGGAAUAGGAUCUUUUACAGAAGGGUGGAAAACAAAAAGAAGAUACUACUGAUUUUUUUUAAAUGAUAUUUUUAAUUUUGUUUUUGUUGAAGACAAUGUUUUUUAAAUGGACAAUGAUGAAAUAGGGUUGUUAAUUGUGUAUUUUGUCAUUGAUUAAAAGUAAUGUUUAAUAACAGUAACGAUAAUAUCAAUGUAGUACAUUAUGGGUACGCUUAUGUAGUUACCUUUAUGAAAGGAGGCAAGUGGAUUUUAGCAGGCAGUAAUUACUGAUUACAGUAUGUAUGAAGGGAGCGUGUUUGAGAGGGACUGAAGUGUGUGUGUGUGUUUUUUUUUUUUUUUUUACUUCUUGCAUUGGCCUGAAUUAAUUCAGGUGUGAUUGUCAGUCUCCCUGUCUCAUGACUGAUAACCAACUCCCCCAUUGGGUUUGUCUUUGCGCAAAGUUAGCAUGGAACAGGAAGUUGAAGUCCUGUGUCCAUCUGCUUAAGACUGGCUCCUCCCUCAGAGCUGUGUGCAGAAUCCGCGUUAUCAGACCCUGACUGCAGCCGUGACGGCAAAGAGUCGCAUUCAAAAUGGCGUCUCAGCCCGCCAACCAAAUAACCCUACCAUAUCUCUCAUCCAGAAUCCAAUUAUCCAAUUAAUCCAGUUCAUUGUUGUAGUUGUUGCCUUUGCAGUUUUCUUGUGCAAUUUCAAAUAUUAAUGCUUUGCAUUAGCUGCAUCUUAAGUAUGCACAUACUCACGACGUUCGUAUGUGAAGCAUACAAAUGUCAUAGCUGCAACAUACCUCGUAUAAAUUGUUCGUAUCAAUUUAUGAAUUUACACAUGAGGAUGGCAGGUAUUGUCUGUAUAAGCACUACCGUGUACACCUCUGAUUUGUUAUACUUUUUUCAUGAGGUUAAACAAACUGGAUUUGUUUUUUUUAAAUUGAAAGGUACAAGUGAGAGUACAAGUAAGAACAUGUUUUCUGAAAGCCAUUAUCUUUGCUAAGACAAAUCAGGGCUUGGAUUUGUCAGCUUGUACCAUAAGCAAACGUAUGCCUACGAAACAGACAUUUUGCAUUAUGCAUACACCACUUUAAACAGACUUCUACUUGUCAGAGUUUGAGUCUGAUAAUAAUAAUAAGUUGCAGCAAGAUUAUUUCCAGUUGCUAACUCACAUUUUUGAGUGGUUUUUUUAAACCUUUGAAACAAUUUAACAUUUUUAAAGCGGUUUCGAUUUAUUUUACAGAA